AGUAUAAACCUAACCAAAACCGACAAGUAUCCGUUUCCCCUGCGGCAAAAUAGUCGUCCAAUUGUUUUUCAGACAAAAUCAAUCAUCUUUGCUCUCAAUUAACCGAUUAUUAAUGAUAAAUAUUGUCAUUGUUUGAUCGAUAAACGAAGACUGAUAAUAAAAACCUUGAGACAAGUACGACGCAUUGACACACGCGCAUAGUUUCUCACUACCACCAAGAAUAUUUUGAUAAAAAAAAAAAAUUGAAAUAAACCCCUUUGAUUCCCCAUAUACAUAGACACACAAAACGGAGUAAUAACGCAAAAGUGGAUACUCCCAGAUAAACUUAAAUAAAUGAAUAAAUUAUCAACAAUAUAAUUUUUCAUAAAAAAAAAAUACUCAAACAAGUACAGGUAAUUAAAAAGAAAAAAAAAAAAAAAACAUGACGAGUGAAAAACAAGUUUUAUUUAUAAAAAAUUAUAAAAGUUUUUGAUAUUUUUAUUGAAAUUAAAUUAUUGACUAAUAAAUAAUUAGCCUACUUUGAGAAUGUAUGCAUUACCAAUACGUUCAGCUUGUCCUGGAAAUGACAGUAAAGAUGAAGAAUCACCAAGAAAUAGACCAGAUAUACCAAGAGCAACAUCAAUGGAUUGUAGUAAUUUUGAUAUUGUAAAAGCAACUCAGUAUGGUGCUAUUGAUAGAGUUACUGAACUUGUUGAAGCUGGUGCUGAUGUUAAUGAGCCAGAUUCUGAAACAGUAACAUUAUUACAUUGGGCAUCAAUUAAUAAUAGAAAAGAAAUUGUAAAAUAUUUAAUUGGUAAAGGUGCUGAUGUUAAUGCAAUUGGUGGUGAGCUAGCAUCAACACCAUUACAUUGGGCAACAAGACAAGGCCAUUUAUCAACAGUAACAUUAUUAGUUAGAGCUGGUGCUGAUCCAUCAUUACGUGAUGCUACAGGUUUUGCAUGUAUUCAUCUUGCAGCACAAUCUGGUUUUACUGGUAUUGUUGCAUAUCUUGUUGCUAAAGGAAUUAAUCCAAAUACACCAGAUAGAUCAGCAAUGACACCACUAAUGUGGACAGCAUAUAAAAUAAACACUUUGGAUCCAACAAGAUUAUUAUUAAUUCUUGGUGCAAGUCAUUCAUUGACUGAUAAUCUUCAUGGUAAUACAGCACUUCAUUGGGCAAUUAUUGCUAAAAAUAAUACAGCAAUAUCAACACUAGUACGUCAUGGUGCUGGAUUAGAUAUUCCAAAUUUUCAAAAUGAAACACCAAUGACAUUGUUAGGACCACAUAUUGGAGCUGCUUGGCUUGGACAAAAAAUAAGUCAUGAAAUUAGAGAAAAACAAGGAAGAACACGUGUAUGGUGUCGUGAUAAAAGAAUUAGAUUUUAUUGCAUGGCAAUAACACCAUUUAUUGUAUUUUAUCUUAUUGGCAUGAUACUACAAAGUAAUGUUGAUUAUUUAAUAAAACUUGGUGCCUUUAUUUUAUUAUACAUUGGUGUUUAUGUUGCUAAAACUUUAUUAUUUGAUGAAAGAUUAUGUACUGUACUACCAAUGUCAAUUUAUAUAUCAACAAAAACAUGGAUUUAUAUAACAUGGAUAUUUUGGUUGGGCAUACAUGCUUCGUGGUAUCUUUGGUUGAUGUUAUUUGGUGGUUCAGUACCACUUUGGAUAUGUUUUAUUCAAUCUUGGCGUGGUGAUCCAGGAAUUGUAUCUGGUCUUCAUGAAGAAAAACUCAAUACAAUUGUAGAAUUAGCAGAGUCUGAUGGAUUUGAGGCACAAACAUUUUGCACAAGUUGCUUAGUCAGAAGGCCAAUUAGAUCAAAACAUUGUUCUACAUGUGAUCGUUGUGUUGCUCGUUUUGAUCAUCAUUGUCCUUGGAUUAACAAUUGCAUUGGUGCACAUAAUCAUAAAUAUUUUUUGGGUUUUUUGGUUUGUUUACUUGGUUUAUGUAUUGUUGUUAUAUCAGCAAGUGUACAAUAUUGGCAAUUUGAAUGUUGGACAAAUUUAACAAAUCGAGAAAAUCCAGAUAGUUACUUAAUUGCAGCAGCAAAAUGUGAUCCAUGGGUAAUGUGGAUAACACUUAAUAUUAGUCUUCAUGUACUUUGGGUUGGUGUACUUUUAGCUUGUCAAUUGUAUCAAAUAAUAAUACUUGGUAUGACAACAAACGAGCGUAUGAAUGCUGGUAGAUAUGAACAUUUUAAAAAUGGUAAUCCAUUUCAUCGUGGUGCGUUACAAAAUUUUGCUGAUUUUUGUAAUUUUAGUUUUUGUGGUAUAAAAGCUAAACCAAGUACUGAUUGGCUUUAUAGUUUUGAUGUUAGAGAUGGCAUUGAAAAAUUACCAUUAUUAAAAAACAAAGAUAAUUUUCAGUAUGUUUAAAUUUACGUAAAACAACAAUAUUCAAUCAUUUAUCUUGUUUGUUUUAUUGUCUUUUUUUUUCAAUUCAUUUUUUAAUAUUUAGACGAUGCAUAUAUUCAUUAUGUUAAUUAAUAAUUGUAUCAACUUUUUGCACACUUCUCAAAGCCAUAUCGUAUAAUUAAAAAUAUUAAUUAGUCAUUUAUAUUGUCCUUUGUUUUUCUUACCAAAGAAUUGAGUUGUUUAAAUGAAAUUUAAAAAUUAAAACACAAGCAAAUAAAAAAAACUAGCAGCAAAAGAAUUUCAUUUUAAAAUUUGUUUGUAAAAAAAUUUCUUACCUGUACAUAAAAAAAAAAAAAAAUAAGCACGUCUAACAUAUACUUCAAAUUUAUACAAUAUAUAAUUUGUAAAUAUUUUUUUUUCUUUUUUUUACUACGGCGAUAAACUCAAAGAGAAUUUGCCAUAAUUUUUUUUCUUCGUUUUUGAUGUUUUUUUUUUUGUUUUACUUGUCUUAAGUAGAAAACAAUUUUAGUGUAAUUGUUUAUGUACAAAAUAAGCUACGGAACAUUCCUUAAUUAAUUAUAAAAAAAAUAUUCUCGACGUUUAGAUAAUAAAAAUACCUUAAAACAAUAAAAAAAGAAAAUGAUGAAAUAACAACAAAAUAUAGCACCGAAAAAUAAGUGCCAGCAAUAAAUUAAAAAAAUAUAAAUAAUAAUAUGAAAAACCAAAAUAAACAUAAUGUUUAAUAAAAAAAGAGAAAUUAAAAAAUGCUCUCUCUAUCUCUCUAUUGUGAAUUCAAAUAAUAUAAUUGUGUAAUUGAAAAACAUUAAUUACUUGAAAGAAAAAAAAAAUUUCUUUCAAUUUCUAUUAUUUUAUUGUAAUAAAAACAGGCAAAAAAUUAUGGGAUAGUCAAUGUUUGUUAACCAUUUGACUCAAUUUUAUUUAUAUCAAAUAAAUAAAUAAAUACUCGCUUAUUAGUAUUUAAUUAUUAUAAAUAAAAUAAGUAACAAACAAAACGAAAUGAAAAUGUAUUUACUUAGGAUUAUUUUAUUUUCUUUUUUCUUGAAAUAUUUAUCAAGAUCUGUGAUUAAAUAAUAUUCAAAUUAACUGUAUUCUAACUGUGUGAGAAAUUAUUAAUUUUAAUUUCGUAUUAAUGCUUAGUUAUUUUUAAAACAAAUGUGUUGCAACGAGAAAUUAAUUGUCAUUAUAGAAAUUUUCAAUAAAAAUUUAAGAUAAUUUAAGAAA